AUGUCGUCACAGCGGUUAAUCUCCCCAGGGGGCACUAUCCUGGUUACUGGCGCCAAUGGAUACAUUGCGUCUCAUGUCAUUGACAGGCUUCUGUCGGACGGUUACAAGGUGCGCGGAACUGUGCGUGCUGAAAAGCCCUGGCUCGAUGAACACUUUACCUCUCAAUACGGGAAGGAUAGUUACGAGAGCGUCGUGGUGCCGACAUUGGAAGAUGAAACUGUAUUGGACAAGGCCUUUAAAGGCAUCGAAGGGGUAGUCCAUGUGGCAUCCACAAUGUCAUGGAGUCCGGAUCCACACGCUGUUAUCACCCCAACGGUCGCUAUGAUGUUGAAUGUGCUAAACGCAGCUUCUCGAUCGAACUCGGUCAAUCGAGUCGUUGCCACAUCGUCGGUGGUUGCGACAUAUCCCCGAAACUUUGAUCGGCCCGUAGACGGGGAUUUCGAAGUAGAUACAGAGUCCUGGAACGAAACUGCAGUAAAGAUUGCAUGGGAUUCGACAAUCUCGGAAACAAGUGUGAAGUCGCCCAAUGUAUACGCUGCAUCCAAGGUCGAAUCAGAGAAGGCUGCAUGGAAAUGGGUUGAGGAAAAUCAGCCAAGUUUUACCUUCAAUACAGUCCUACCAAAUAUGAAUAUCGGCAAGAUUCUGUUUCCCAAAUACCAGGGGGGUUCUAUGGCAGUGACACGACUGCUUCUGUCCGGCAACGACAUUAUGACCAAGAUUGUCCCUGCUGCACAAUGGUGGAUUGGUGUGGAGGACGACGCUCGGCUCCAUGCUAUCGCACUUCUAGACCCAGACGUGCAGUCGGAGAGAAUUUUUGCAUGCGCCGCACCAUUUACUUGGACUCAAAUAUACCAGAUAUUCAAGGAGCUUCGGCCGGACAACGACAAAAUACCAAAUCCUCCGGAAAAUGAAGGCCCAACCUUACUCAAGGUCAAACCAUCGAACAGAGCAGAGCAACUGCUCAAAACAUUCUACGGACAGGCUGGAUGGACAUCUUUGAAGGACAAUCUUGCCGCCGGUAUUGCUGAUAUUUAA